GCCAUCCCGUCGCGCAAGCAUUCAGACACCAUCUUCAGGCCAGCUUCGAACGCCAUUUUGUGGAAAUCGCGGAGGUGAACCUUUAUUUCUCGCGCACCGCUAGCAAACACAACUAAUAACGACACCUCACGUUCACCAGCUCUGGAGGAUGGAGGUAAACAUUGCCCUCGUUUAUGGGAGGGACCGAAAUGGAGAUACAAAUCUCCAAGGGCAGGGACUUGGCCUCACAGAGAUGAUUAAUGCCAUGGCCGCCCAACAACACAUGUACACCGCAGCUGCGGCGUACGGCAGUCUAGAGGCUGCCGCCUAUGCGCAAUAUCCGCAGUAUGUUGCGCAGGUCAGCAGAGAAAAAUUAUCAGCUGAACAUGGCAUAAGUUUUAGAGAAGCUUGUCCUCAUGCACCUUUUCUUGCUCAUCCCCCUCCCCAGGGAGCAUACAUAGCCCCAGCCCCAGCACCAGGAGGUGGGCGUGGGCAUGGGCAUGGUCACGGGCAUGGGCAUGGCCAUGGUCGGAGUGCCAUCGACCCGUAUGAUGGCUAUGCAGCCCCAGCCUAUGAGCCAGAUCCACCCAGGCAUCGUGACCGGCGUGACAGAGAGGAUCGCCGUAGAGACAGGGACAGGGACCGUGACCGGGACAGGAGGGACAGAGACAGGGAUCGCAGGGAUAGAGACAGGGAUCGGGACCGCGACAGGGACAGAGAUAGAGACAGAGACAGGGAUCGUGAUAGGGAUCGCGACCGCUGGAGGGAUGAUGAUCGCGACCGCAGCCCUCGCAGGGACAGAGAUCACCGGGACUACAGGGACUACGACAGGGACAGAGAUAAUUAUGAAGAUGAAAGGACAGAUUAUAAGUCGCAGCCACCUAACAACACUAUCAUGGUCAGGGGACUUGCACAACACAUCACAGAGAAUGAUAUCCGGGCAGACAUCCUAGCAUGCAACCUAAUGCCAAAGGAUAUCCGCCUCGUCAGGAAAAAGGAGUCAGGUGCAUCAAGAGGCUUUGCCUUCGUGGAGUUUACGACGGUACAUGACGCCACACGGUGGAUGGAAGCCAAACAGGGUGUACUUAUCCUGCAAGAUGUGUACAGAGCAACUUUGCAGUAUUCCAUCCCCAAGGAAUCCUCCGAGCGGCAAUCUAAAGCAUCACAAGACUGGUUUUGUAUCAGGUGUGGUGCUCAUAACUUCAAGCGUCGUGAUUCCUGCUUCAAAUGCUCGGCCCCACGGCACGAGUCUGAAGCUGGUGAAGAAGGCAGUGACGAAGUGUGUACCUACCCAACCAAUACUUUGCUCCUGCGCGGACUAGAUGUCCUUAGUACAGAAGAGAGCGUUCUCCAAGGCAUCCAGCAUGUGGGAAGUGACCUGCCCAUAAGAUCUGUCCGAAUAGGGAGGGACCCCCUCACCAACACUUCUCGAGGGGUGUGCUACAUUGAGCUAAAUUCCGUCUUAGACUCGAUGCAGUUGCACAAUAAGCUUGCUCAUGCACCUCCCACUAUUGAUGGCAAGCAGGUCACCAUAUCCUACUGCAAACUGAACCCAAAUAAUGGCAAUGGUAACAACUGGUCAGCACAGCAGCAGCAACAGCAGCAGUACCAUCAGCCUGCAGAGUACACUGCAGGUGCUGACAUCAAACAGCUUGCAGAGUACAGUGCCUCUUUGUAUGCCCAAACCCCAGAGGAGCAUGCGUCCUAUGUCCAGUAUUACACCAUGUACUACCAACAACAGGCACAGGCUUAUCAGCAAAAUCAACAACAACAAGGCAGUUCAAAUCAGUCAGAUUCAGUCAAUGCUGCAGCGGCGGUUGCACAGUCUGCCCUUCAAGCUAUGCAGCAAAAGUCAGCAGCAAACACCUCAACAAGCGGUGCAGCAGCAGUUGCAGCAGCAGCAUCACAGAGUACUUACAGCACUCCUACCACAACUGCACCAACAACCACUGACCAGACAGUGACACAAACUACACCUGGUUCUGCCAAUUAUGAUGGAGUUCAGCUACAAACGGGAGAAUAUCCUACUUACCCUCCCCCUGAUGUCAGCACAUACCAGUAUGAUGAAACCUCAGGUUACUAUUAUGAUCCUUCCACCACGCUGUACUAUGAUGCCAGCAGCCAAUACUACUACAAUGCUGAGAGUGGCCAGUAUCUCUAUUGGGAUGCAGAGAAGUCAACUUACCUCCCAGCUCCUGUUGGGGAGGAUGGCCAUGAGGGGAAGAAGGGGGAUAAGAAAGAGAAGGAGAAAGAUAAGCAGGACAAGGUUAAAGUUGCCAAGAAGAUUGCAAAAGAUAUGGAAAGAUGGGCCAAGGCUCAGAAUAAGAGGAAUGAAAGUGCCAUAACAGGGAAGGCUGCCACAGCUGAACCUGCUGGAGGCUCCCGAGAAGGAAGUGGAACGGGAGCUGCUGAUGCUGCCUUUGCCGUGCUUUUGGAAAGAAGAGACCGUGCUUCACUUGUCGAGAAGCAAUCUCAGGUCUUCCAGAUGCACAUGAAGAAGGAUUCUGCACCAGUUCUGGCAAGCAUGAAGAAAUCAGGCCUUGUCGCAGCAUAUGGAGGAGAGGGCAGUGACAGUGAAGAGGAGACUGGAGCUGGCCUAGGGGGUAUGGGUGAAGAGGAGAGACUG